AUGCGACGGCCGUCCAAAGGCGCCGAAUCGAUCCGUGUCCGUACGGCACGGGAACUUAAAGCGCCGAGGACAACCGAGACGGAUUUGAAGCGAAAUCCGUUGCCCUCGCGAAAAGUCCAUCCGCUGAUCCGCGCCCGGUACUUUAUGUACUUUAUGGCGCUCUUUAGCGGGCGAGGGUCCGAAGCGAGGGGGGCCACUUCGAGGCCACUCGCCGGAGGCCAGCGUGGCGCUGCGAAUAUGGGCCAGAAAAUCCCUCGCGCCACCCGCAGCCACUCAUGGCGACAAGCCCUGCGACUCUUGUCGCGUUUCGGUGUUUUGCGCCCGUCCACUCGUCGUCGCCGUAACUCGUCCGCUUCCCUGAAUUGCAGCAACUUCAAUUCGCGGCUGUCGUUUGAAUCAGAUCCAUCCCCUCCCCAUUCGAUCCUCAGGAAUGUCUAG